CUCAAAGCAGAGACAGCUCGGGCUGUGUGAAGCUCGCUCUGUCUUUCUCUGUGUUCACGCACACAUUCAGCUCAUACACUAAAACCUCCGUCGGUUACACUUGAACGGCGCACACAUCGGACAGGACUACAGUGGCACGGUAAAAGCAGAGGCACACAGCUGCCUCCGUCCCAACAGCCAUGGAGGGACUCUACUUCGAAGUGAAGCCCAGAAGAGAUGAUCCUCCCAGGCCAGGAAGCUCUGACAAACCCCGUCCUCUCGCGACUUCAAAACACCGCUCAUGUCCGUCACUUGCACAUCUCAAGUCUUCCUCACCGUGUCCUGAGAAACUCACCUCUGCUAAGAAGAGGGUUGCAACAUGGAGGGAAAAGUUAGAGGAAGAAGGAGAGGAGGAAGAGGAGGUACGGUACAAGCUGACAUUAAUCGGCUCUCUGCCUGUUCACCACCUGACCACCAUGGCCAUGCUGCCCUGGGUGGUGGCAGAGAUCAGCAAGUCACAGCCUGCAGAGGAGCAGGGUGCCGGGUUGCAGUCUGGAAGCCGUUCUACCUGUAAUCAGGCAGUUUUUCUGUGUGUGUCAGCGUCAUGGGUGCGGUGCGUGUCCAUUCUGGGAGAUGGAGUUGUCUGGGAUCCUCUGACGCACACAGUGCUGUUUGAAUGUCGUCCUCACCAGGUGACUAAGUUAAUUCACAACAGCCAGGAGCCCAGCAGCUUCGGCUGCCUGCUCAGAGACACACCAAACUGUGCCUGCUACGUCUUCCAGUGCCAGGACAGCACCAAGGUUCCUGAGAUCAUCAGUACGUUGAGGCAGGCGGGCAAGAGCUCGGCACGCAGCGAUGACAUCACCAUCGUGUCCACCAAAACUUCCAGUGGAGGCGGCGACCGCUCCGAGACGUCUCAUUCCUCUCUCUCCGUGCCGACCACCACCAUGGCGCCCUCUCUCGUCGUGUCCCCGACGGCGUUUGCCAAAAAGUUUGAGGUGCUGUUCUGUGGACGCGUGAGCGUCGCUCACAAGAAAGCCCCUCCCGCUCUGAUCGAUGAGUGCAUCGAGAAGUUCAGCCAGUUGCACGGCUCGGGGACGGGCGAUAAAGGAGGCAGUCGGGGAUUGGGGGGUGGGCUGAGGAGGGUAUUAACCAUGCCACCCAACGGACUAGGGAGUGGCGCUGUUGGUAACGGUGCUGCAGGAAGCCCAACCACGGGGAAGCGUCCGGUCCUGUUUAAAAGAGACCCCAGCUUCCCGUGUCUGCAGGCCCUGGAUGAGAACGGACUCUCACCAGAGAUCUCUCACACCAACACUACUGACGCACACGCCCACUCAGCUGGUGUGCAGCCCACCAGCCUGCAGGAGAACAGGACCAUGCUGUUUACGGUGGGCCGGUCUCAGAUCUUCUUGGUCAGUCCAGACACUAAGAAAGUUGCCAUAGAGAAGAGUUUCAAAGAAAUCUCCUUCUGCUCACAGGGUAUUCGUCACGUGGAUCACUUUGGCUUCAUCUGCAGGGAGACCGUCGAAGGAGGGAGCUGUCACUUUGUUUGCUACGUCUUCCAGUGCACCGAUGAAUCACUGGUCGAUGAGAUCAUGCUGACUUUGAAGCAGGCGUUCUCUGUGGCAGCCCUGCAGCAGAAUGCAAAGACCCAGAGCCAGCAGUGUGACGGCUGCCCCAUGCAGCAGCUCCACAGACUGUGUGAGAGGAUAGAAGGUCUCCACCCAUCUAAAACCAAACUGGAGCUUCAGAAACACUUGGCCACUCUGGACAACCAGGAGCAGGCGUCAGUCUUUGAAAACACUAUGAGGGCUCGUCCUAAGAGCGAUCAGGAAGAGAACGAGCUGGUGAUGGCCUCUCUGAGGAGUCUAUAUGAGGAGAGACAGAGGAGCCAUCAGCACACGCUCUCUGGAGACAGCAAACAGGUGUGUGAGGAGGCAGCGUCAGCCCCGGUGGAGGCGCAGCAGCAGCAGCAGAGUAGCAGUCGGCAGCGGCUUGAGCAGUUCAAGAGCCGAGCCAAGCGCUCUCUCACCGAGUCCCUGGAGGGGAUCUGGAAGGGGAGCAGCAAGGCCAGAGCUCAGAGGGACAACAGUGUAGGAAGUGACAGCGGCUCUUCGGUGUGCACGCUCAACAGCAGCCAGGACCAGCCGUGUCUGGAUGACCCUCUGCCUGCCUCACCACAGCUGCGACCCACCAGCCCACUCAGGUGCCACAACUCAACAGGAGACCUGAAGCGCCUUGACUCCUCUCUCCCUCUGUCUCCCUCCUCCUCGUCUUUGCCCGGUGACUCUCAGCCUCAGGGCUUCCGCCGAAGAGCCAGCACCUUCAGCCACCCUCCCACCCCUUCCUCAGCGGAGUACUCACCGGUGCACGCACUAACUCUCACGCCACAGGACCCCACUGCAGCUACCAAACCAAAGCUCGUACGACACUACUCCGUCAGCACCGACACUCCACACCAGAGCAAACAUGUUCCACAUGACCCCACCCUUCCUCCUGUUCCUCCCUGCUCUUCAUCCUCCUCUCCUCUCCUCCCUCAUCAUCCUUCCUCACCUUCUACUGGAGCCCGGCUCAAUAAAAGAAGUCCUCUGGGUGGUCUGCGUGCUCGUCUCCACUCCUCCUCCUCUGUCCCAAAUUUUCUGAAAUUUCCAUUUCUGGCCCCCGUACAAGAGAACGAUUCCCCUGAGCCAAAGAGCAGUGAUGUAGCAGCUCUGUCCACACCGACUGUCGCACAUGGAGUCGGCGAAAGUCCUCUGCGCAGCCACCGCCACUCAUGGAGGCAGCAGAUCUUCCUACGAGUCGCUACACCUCAGAAGAGCACGGAAACCAGCGAGCUGGGGGAUUCCUGCCUAGACGGGGGUCGAGUGUGCGCGGGCCAGGUGGGAGUUGGAGGAAGCGGGGACUCAUCCAUACGGGUGGUGCCCGAGGAAAGGACGAAGAGGAGCAAAGAGGAGCUGAGGGAGCUGUGGAGGAAGGCCAUCCUGCAGCAGAUCCUGCUGCAGAGGAUGGAGAGGGAGAACCAGAAACUGCAGGCCUCAGAGAGCGACCUGCAGAACAAACGUCUGAAGCUCGACUACGAGGAAAUCACUCCGUGCCUGAAGGAGGUCACUCUGGUCUGGGAGAAGAUGCUGGGAACUCCUGGGAGGGCAAAGGUCAAAUUUGACACAGAGGCCAUACAUGCUGCUGUUGCACAAGGGGUCCCAAGGCAGCAUCGAGGCGAGAUCUGGAAGUUUCUCUCUGAACAGUACCUGCUCAGGCAGACGGUUCCCUCCCGACCUCCCACAAAUCACACUCCAUACAAAGAGCUGCUGAAACAGCUGACGUCGCAGCAACACGCCAUCCUCAUAGACCUGGGUCGCACUUUUCCCACUCAUCCGUACUUCCAAGCCCAGCUGGGGUCUGGACAGCUGUCUCUGUAUAAUUUACUGAAAGCCUACUCGCUGCUGGACCCCGAGGUGGGCUACUGUCAAGGCCUGUCCUUCAUUGCUGGAGUGCUGCUGUUACACAUGGGGGAGGAGGACGCCUUCAACAUGCUCAAAUUUCUCAUGUAUGACAUGGGGCUCCGCAAACAGUACAGGCCUGACAUGAUUAUCCUGCAGAUUCAGAUGUACCAGUUGUCGCGGCUGCUCCACGACUACCACAGGGAUCUCUACAGCCACCUCGAGCAGCAGGAGAUCGGGCCCAGCUUGUACGCCACGCCGUGGUUCCUCACCGCCUUCGCGUCACACUUUCCCCUCGGCUUCGUGGCCAGAGUCUUCGAUAUGCUGUUCCUGCAGGGGUCAGAGGUCAUCUUUAAGGUGGCUUUGAGUCUGCUGGGGAGCCACAAGCCUCUCAUCCUGCAGCACGAGAGCCUGGAGUCCAUAGUGGACUUCAUCAAGACCACGCUGCCCAACCUGGGCCUGGUGCAGAUGGAGAAAACUAUCAACCAGGUCUGUGAGAUGGACGUGUCCAAGCAGCUGCAGGCCUACGAGGUGGAGUACCACGUCCUGCAGGAUGAGCUGGACACGCCCCCGACCCUCAACCAGCAGCAGCGAGCCGCACAGCUGGAGAGGACCAAUCAGAGCCUCCGACAGCAGAACCUGGACCUGCUUGAGGAGCUGCAGGUGUCACAUGCUCGCGUCUGCAGCCUGGAGAGCCGAGUGGAGGCUCUGGCCCAGUCUGAGGUCCGGCUGAAGGAGCAGGUCUCUGCGCUGGAGGGGGAGAAGCAGGAGCUGCAGAGCACAGUCACACGCCUCCAGGACCUCCUCUCCAGCCUCAGCAUCCACACCACCACCACCACCACCACCACCGAAGAACACGCACUCACACCUUCACAUUCUGAAAGGCACGCAGCAGCGGUGAAGGUGGAGGUGCUGGCAAACAGGACUGUGGACUCCCAUCCCCACCCUCUGGCUCUUCCAGAGGGUUCAUAACCGCACCUAAUAAUCUUCCAAAUGGUAAGGUCGACCAGAGGAGGAGCCGGCCCAGGAGGAGAAGGUGGAGUGAGACGUUAAGACUUCCUCUUCCCGGCUCGUGAAUGUUUUAAUAAAAAGAGAAAACAGGGAGGAGAACAAAGGAAACGCAACAAAAACGGGGGCUGAGGUUAAAACAUGGCUUGAGUAUUAUCCUAAAAUGCAUCGAGUGCCCUCUGACAAAAAUAAACCAAACAUGAUUUGACCAACAAACCCCCAAAGAUAGCACUGUCCCUCUGGGCCUCUACUGUAAAAACAAAACAGUUACAUUUGCACCUGUACUGUGUGUGUGUGUGUGUGUGUGUGUGUGUCUGUGUGUGUGUGUUUUAUGCUCCCGUGAGAGUGUGUGUGUGUGCGACGAGGCUAAAACAGCCAAAGAUUGUCGUUAAUUAAUGUAAAACAAGCUCGAACAAAGAACAUCGUUCCCACAAAGAUGUUUCCAAAGACAAAAUAAGAACAAGAAAGUGAGACGAAGGGACGGGUGAAGACACAAACUUCUUGACCUUAAGUUGAAUAUGACAUAAGCUCAGCGAUCUGAUGCCCGGUGGUGCUCGCGCUCAGAGGUCAAGCUUCCACAGCUCUGAACGUUUCAAACAGCAGCUCACAGGAAGAGCGACACAAUCAAAAGCUCCGGUCGCAUUUUUACAUCCUGUUUUUUUUCCCACCUUUUGAAUAUGCGAUCGAUCCAUCUGUGCUGAGAGAGAGAGAGAGGGACAAAGAUGCAGUUUCAGCAGAAACUUUUCGAACAGUAGCCGUGGCUUUCUCGCGGAGGGGGAAGUACAGACCGAACAACACGCUGCGUCUGAGGCUUCAGAUCAGAAAAACCUCUGCUGUCAGCUAUGAGUCAUUUACUGUAUUCAACACACUGAACUCCUUCAAGCCGAGCUGCUCUAUGUAAAUGUCACCGUGUGUGUGUGCGCUUCACUGAUGGCAACAAAUCUGUUGAUUUACACUGUAAAGAUGCUUUUACUCCAAACUCUCCUUGCACAUGUUUUAAUUGUUUGUUGGUAUUAUUGUUGUUCUGUACUUUACAAAUACAUUUCAUAUUCUUUCAGCACA